AGGUGGGUUUCUAUGAAGCCAGGAAGUGGGCAGUUGCUGCUAUAGGUGAAACUUUGAAACUAAGAAGAAUACGAACUACGUUAGGACAAGGAUGGAGAUCACCUCACUCUGCCUCAUGCUUUCAGCCACGCUGAAGAUCCAUCCCAACAGACUUCAGUUCUUUUGGUACAACCCGCUCAGUCUGAGCUGCGCAGUGCCGGAAAACUCUGGAGUCUGGACACUGAGGAGAAACACCUCCUCUUGGAUUUCUCAGCCGUGCAGCGCGGGCUGGGGAAUAUCUCACCAGUUGUCCUGCAACAUUGACAACACCUAUCCAUUAGACAGUGGAGUGUACUGGUGUCAGUCUGAGCGAGGGGAGUGCAGUAACGCCAUCAACAUCACCGUUAACGAUGGUGCUGUGAUCCUGGAGAGUCCUGCUCUUCCUGUGACAGAGGGAGAUGAAGUGAUGCUUCUCUGCUCUUACAGAGAAGAAGACGUCACCGAACCUAUGUCUAAUUUCUCUGCAAAGUUCUACAAAGAUGGUGUUUUCCUUGGGGCCCAUCCUGCAGGAAACAUGACCUUCUCUUCAGUGUCCAGGUCUGAUGAAGGUUUCUACAGGUGUGAACAUCCCAAAAGAGGACAGUCGCCACAGAGCUGGUUGGCUGUGAGCAGCAGAGUCACAGCUCAGCCGCCUCCUCCUCCUCCUCCUCCUCCUCCUCCUCCUCCUUUCAUGUCUCUGCCCAGGCUGGUGUGUACCGUCCUGCUGAUCACCCUUUACAUUGUGCUGCUCGUAGUGUCCGUGAUGGUCUACAGAAACUGGGCUAAAGCUCGAGCUGAAGCAAGGAGAGAAUCUGAACGUCUUUCAAUCCACUGAUCAGUCAUGAAGAAAAAGAGCCGCCGCUACUGUACAAACUGAAUUGUA